AGUCCCAACUAGGGAAUCGGCAUUGGUGUAUGUGCAUGCAGUGGUGUAAAUAUUUCAACUUUAUUUACAGAUAAUACUUGAAAAAUGGGAAAUUCACGUACCUGAGUUGUGGCUUGUGAGAAAAUCGAGAUGAGAUAUCAGUGGGUCUACAGUUUCUGACGUUAUUUCAUUUUUCCAACAAAUAAGCAAUUUUGUCAAAGGUAUGGCAGACUCUACGAAUGAGCGUUCCCAUCCCCAAAGUAUCAAAUUACCUCCCGCUGUUGAGGUUUUUGCGAAUUUAAAAAACGCUCACAACUUUGCCAUCGAUAUCGGCAUAUCGCUAACGAAAAUAGCAUACUACUCCACCGUGAAUUAUCGAAAGGCUCUCUAUGACAAUUCAGAGCUGGAAAGUUCCGGAGAACGAGCUUACAAAGUCUUCGAAGGCAGUAGAUUACAUUUUGUUAAGUUUGAAACCAGACACAUUGAAAAUUGUUUAGAUUUUGUUAAGGCAAAUUUAGUUAACAUCGAAAGAUUCCAAGGCAAAAGUAUUAAAGUUACUGGCGGGGGAGCCUUCAAGUACACGCCCUUGCUUCAAGAAAAAUUAGGCUUGUUAGUUGAUAAAGAAGAUGAAAUUUGCUGUCUGAUAAAAGGCUGCAAUUUUUUGCUGAAGAAUAUUCCCUGCGAAGCUUUCCAAUUCGAGAGAAAUGCAGAUCCUGAAUAUAAUUUCCAAAAAGCUAGCCCCAAUAUUUUUCCGUAUUUGCUGGUUAAUAUUGGGAGUGGAGUCAGCAUUCUUAAAGUACAAUCUGAGGAAGAGUUUGAAAGAGUAGGAGGAACAGCAACUGGAGGUGGAACUUUUUGGGGAUUGGGAUCUUUACUCACCAAAGCAAAGGGUUUUGAUGAACUGCUGGAAUUGGCAGAGCGAGGCGAUCAUCGAAAUGUCGAUACGCUCGUAAAAGAUAUUUAUGGCGGUGAUUAUUCUUCACAAGCUUUACCAGGGGAUUUGAUAGCAUCAUCUUUUGGCAAAGCGAUGGGUUGCAAUAAUAAUCCCGAGUCGAGGAAAUUCGCUGAGGCUGAUAUAGCAAGAAGUUUACUAUUCACGAUCAGUAAUGAUAUUGGGCAAAUUUCUAGUCUUUAUGCAACGAUUCAUAACGUCGACAAAGUUUACUUCGGGGGUUAUUUCCUUCGAAAUCAUCCGUUGUCGAUGCACGCCAUCUCUUAUGCUCUCAAAUACUGGUCUCAUGAUAAGUUGAAGCCGCUUUUUCUUCGCCAUGAGGGUUACUUGGGUGCUAUUGGUGCCUUUCUUUAUGGAGCUGAACAAUCUGAUAACUGCAGCUGGUUAGAAAAUUAUGCCGGCUCCUCUGGAUUCAAAGACUCGAUUUUAACGAAAUUAGGAAUUGAAGUUGAUCAGCUAGAGAUUGAUCAGGCUGAAAAUGCGGUUACGUUUUGUCCUUUGUUGAAAGAUCCGGCGACCUAUAAUCCAGAUACUACUGAUCUUGCUCAAGAUAAGGAAGCUAGGGACUACUGGUUACAGUGUUUCGAAGAAUCGGUCGACAAAUUUAUUGCAAGAGCAGUUAUUAGUCAGCCCCAGAGUCCGACUGCGAAGGACAGAGCUAGUAAACUUAAGGAAAAAUACAUAAAUAGGCUGCAUUAUUUACACCUUCAGCCAUUUGCAUAUGGAACUCUUACUGUUAGAACUCUCUUAGACACAAUCGAACAUUGCAUGAAAGAGUUCGAUUUUCCGGAUCCGUACUUACACCAAAAGAAAAAGGAAAAUGAUGAGGCUCUUAAGCAUUUGAAAAACAGAAUAAUUGCACUGGAUAAGAUGGAAGGCAAGGAGAAAAUAAAAGCUUUGAUACGAGGAGUUCUGGCUGGAAAUAUGUUUGAUUGGGGAGCGAAAGAAGUCGCAGUUUUAUUGGAAACAACUGGCUUUAGUUUUGAAGACGCCCAAGAAAAAAUACCAAGCAGACCGUGGUUACAGGAUUCCUUAGAUGAGUGGGUUGCGAGAUUGCAAGAAGGACCGGCGCACAAGUGUGCAGCUAUUUUUGUUGACAAUAGUGGCGUCGAUGUUAUUCUGGGCAUUUUACCUUUUGUGCGAGAUUUAUUACAACGGGGAACAAAUGUAAUUUUGUGUGCUAAUUCGAUGCCUGCAUUAAAUGACGUGACUUAUCCAGAAUUAGUUGUCGCUUUAAGAGAUGCGGCUAAAAUCUGUAACGUGAUUAAAAAUGCUCUGAAAGAUAAUCGACUGAUGGCUAUGGAAACGGCACAGGCUGGUCCGUGUCUUGAUUUGAGUCGGUUGAAUUUGGAUUUGUGUCUCGCAAUGGUGAAGCACAAUGUGGAUCUGGUCGUGAUUGAAGGAAUGGGUCGAACUCUUCACACGAACUUAUAUGCAAAAAUGAAAUGCGAAUGCCUAAAAUUAGCAGUAGUAAAAAAUCGAUGGCUUGCUUUGCGAUUAGGAGGUGAAAUGUACGCGGUAAUAUGUAAGUACGAAAAGGCAUUGUUUAAACAAACACUGGACGAAGAAGUAAUGAACUCCCAAAAUAAGGAAAUUUUCUGUCCGAUGGUUUGUGUCGAAAGAGAAAGCGAUUAUUGUAUUUGUAAAAAUGCUAAUCGAGAUAGGAAAAGUUUGAUUGAAAUGGAGAUUGUUGAUCGUAGUCAAAAAACCAGCGAAGCAUCGUCUUCUACUGAAAAGUUUGACGAAAACAACGAUGCAAAUUGCGACGAGAAGAAUGAAAAUGCGUGAAUAAUUUUUAUAGUUAUUCAAGUGAGUGACACAAAAUUUAAUUUUAAAUUGUGUCACUGAAAAUGAGUUAACAAAAAGUAUUGAUUUUUGUACUUAAGGCUUAAGUUUGCUUCGUCCAAGUGACAAAGUUUCUUUAAAUUCACGUAAGUUGUUUGAAGGCUGACAAUUUUAUUUUGAAUUAUUUGUCCUUUAGUGACCGCGUUUAGAUAUAAAUAUUAAAGGUUGUUUUGGCUAGAUGCAGGAAGUAGGAAAAUUUAAAACUUUGAUAUUAGGAAAAAGUAUCAAAAUGGAAACAACAAAUCAUGGCAAAUAAGACAAAGAAAAAUAUUUAUUAGGUUGUGAGAAGUUUCCAAAUUAUUUAUUUGCUCUAGUUUUGUUUUAAACUUGAGUUUAAAAUUCUAUGAGAAGACGGAACUAUUUUUAUUGGCCUAGCCGAUCUUCUGGAUUUAAUCUCUGUUAUUAUGAAAUGUUCGUUAUACGUAAUAAGAUGCUAAUCAGUAAUUAGAAUUGAGCACAUCUUUGCACUUUUGAUACUACGAAGUCCUUUAUCAGUUUUAAACAAAAAUUCAAUAUUGAGAAACUUAUCCAGGCUAUUAAUUAUUCGCGAUUAAGUUCAUCGAUGUCGUUUUAAUUAGUAAACGAAACUUGUUUCGUUGAAUACACGAUAAUAAAUUGAUCCAUACUUCAGUUUACCGAAAUACAGAAAUUGUCCCCUAUCUAAAAAGUGAUAUUCGUAGUUUAUGGAGAACUUAAAGUGUACGUAAUGACGAAAACGAAACAUUAUUGUACAGUAAAUUAGCUGUGAUAUUGUCACCACUAAAAGAGUUGCAGUUUGGUGACUUAAUGUAGAAGGCCAUAAUAAGAAAAAAACACCGAACUUAAUAGAGGUUAGUCAGUUUGGGCGGUCUAAAAAAUCCUGAGGAAUGAAAUUCGCAACAGUGGAAAAUUCUUGAAAAAGAAAAUAAUCAAUGUAUAAUAUUCCCGAAAAUAAAUGCUUGCUGACAAUUUAAAAUUCCCGAAUCUAAACAAUUAAAUAAUAGUUAAAUAAUCAAUGAAAUCCUUUUAUUUUAUAAACAUAUAUUUA